AUGGACGUAUACGACAUAAGCGACGAUCUGAUCAAAAAGCUCAACGACUGGAAACUGAUUGGCAUCAUAUCCGGCAAAUUUAAUGAGCUCAAAGAGAACUAUUCUAAGGUGAACUUCGUUGAACAUGCAUUGAUUGACUUCAAGUACAUGGAGAAGAUAUUCCUAAAUGUAACGCUACGCGAGAACAAAUGCAACAAGCGGAGCGUCGAAUUCCGCAUGCUGGGCAACGAGCAGUUUUCCCUAAAGAACAGGAAAUACUUUCAGGCGCUCGAAUUGUACAACAAGAGCAUUUGUUAUGCGGAACCAAACUCGGAAAAUUUGUCGAUUGGAUAUGCCAAUCGCUCGGCGGUCUUCUUUGAGUGGAAACGUUAUCGCGAAUGUCUGGCCAACAUUGAGCUGGCGCGCAAGGCCAACUAUCCAGAACGUCUGCGUCAUAAACUGGACAAGCGGGAGCGUGACUGUCAGCAGUUGGUGCAGCAACAGCCUCCAGAUAUUGUACCGUACGGCUUCAAGUUGAACUUCGAGGCACAUCCGCAGGUGCCGUUCAUAGCUAACUGCCUGGAGAUGCGUGAAACGCCCGAUGAAGGCAGAUUUAUAGUAACCACGCAGGAUCUCGUCGUUGGCGAUGUGGUUGCCGCUGAGCAGCCCUUCUGCUCCUCGCUGCUAGCGCCCAUGCGAUACAUCAGGUGCGCCACCUGUAAAGAGGAGCGCUACCUAACGCUUAUACCCUGCGACAGCUGCUGCUCGGUCAUGUUCUGCUCGGAAGAGUGCAAGCAGCGUGCCAACAGCACUUUCCACAAAUACGAGUGCCCCAUCAUUGACCUAUUGCAUCGCAUGUUCAACAAAAUCCACUGCAUUGCGUUGCGCACAACGUUGAGCGCCCUGGAUCUAUAUGGCAGCAUUGAGGAUCUGAUGGCCUACUGUGAGCAGCCGCAGAAUCAGCACAAGUGCGUCUUCGAUCUGGACUAUACGCAGCUAACACCCCAGGAACAUUACCGGGCCAUACACGGCCUGGUAACGAAUCAACAGCUGCGCUCCGUUUCGGAUCUAUUUCAGCGUUCGGUUGUCUGCGCCGUCCUUAAGCACUUCAUAAUGGAGUAUACGCCGCUGAAAGAUUAUCUGGGCGGCGAGGAGGGUCGCAACUUUUUCACGGAUCUACUGUUUAGACAUUUACAAACAUCACCAUCAAACAUGCAUGGCAUAGAUCUCGUCGAGCAGGCGAACGAGACAAAGGACGAUCAGUCGCAUUCAUCCGGCGCCUAUGCGUUUCUCUCCCUGCUAAAUCACUCGUGUGCACCCAACACGCUGCGCAUCUAUGAGGGCGUCAAGGCCUAUCUGUUUGUGCUGCGGCCCAUCAAGGCCGGCGAUGUGCUCUACGAUAACUAUGGCGCUCACUUUGCCGUGUUUAGCAAGAAACAACGCCAUGAGACGUUGUCCAUGCAGUAUCGCUUCACCUGCAAAUGCGAGGCGUGCGAAUUGGACUAUUUGACGUAUAAAAAUUUGCCGUUCAAGGCUUCGGUGCCGCAGUUGACCAGUGACACGGACUUGAAGUUGUUGGGUGCCUAUAACUAUGAUUUUGCGUUGACCAAUUAUCAGAAAUACUGUGAUUUUCUGACGCAAUACGCAGCCGCUUUUCCCUGCGCCCAGAUCAGUUCGGCCGAGGAGUGUCUCAAAAUGGCACUGCAUAUCAUGGUGGAUGCGGUGCCGCUUAAGGCGAAAAUGUAAUGUGUCUGGGACACAAUGCACUGACUGCCUCGCAACCCGCCAUCCCACCCACCACCACCACCACCAGCUCCCAAGACACAGCGACGAACUACAAAUAUGUAUAUCUGGACGAACAAGCAGUAAUUAUCCCCCAUCUCCCCCUAACUAUAAUUUGGUUGCCAUAAGUUUCCAGCAUUUUGGCAGCUACGGCAGUUGUUGAUUUUAAUUGGCAUGCAAACAGACAACACAAUUCUUUAAUAUUUAUAUACUUGUGAACUUCUAUUUCCGAUUUGUCUUUCUUGAAUUAUUUUGUUCUAUUGUUUUGCAACACUUCGCACACGAAAUGAUAGACAGAAUUUUUAGGUCGUUUUCCCGCUUUGCCAGCGGCUCGGCCGCAAAUACAAAGAAAAUUUAGACAACUAGGUCGCAAGCUCAAAAUUUUUGUAAUGUUGUUGAAUCACCAAUGUCUUCGAAACUGCAAAAUGAAAAAGAAAACACUUUUUUGUAAUUAUUUUACAAACAAAUACAAUAUUUUUUAAUUAUGCA